UGAAAUACAGGGCAGGAGUGCAUUGUCUUGAAAGUAUUUUCUGGUGAUUUUCUUUAUACAGUACUGUAUACGGCGUUUGAUACGUUCAUUUUAUAGUGUUUCUACUGUCUUGUACCGCCUAAAAAAUGAACACCGUUCUAUCAAGAGCUAACUCCCUUUUCGCCUUCUCAUUGAGCGUCAUGGCGGCCUUAACCUUUGGCUGUUUCAUCACAACAGCGUUUAAAGAUCGAACUGUUCCUGUUGACGUCCGUGUCUCCAAAGUCAUGCUGAGGAACGUUGAUGACUUCACUGGACCCAGAGAGCGUAGUGAUCUGGGUUUCAUCACAUUUGACCUCUCGGCUGAUAUCCUUUACAUAUCUGUCCAAUAUUUGACUGGAAUGUUAAACAGCUCUUUCUCUAUUUGUCUGCCGAGUACACCACAAAAAGCAAUCAGAACGAUGGAGUCUCCAGCACCCUCUCCAAGGGCUCCAAAAAUGUCUUUGAACCAGGUGGUGCUGUGGGAUAAGAUUGUUCUCCGAGGUGAAAACAACAAACUGAACCUCAGAAACACAAAAUCAAAAUACUUCUUCUUUGAUGAUGGAAACGGUCUCAGGGCCAACAAGAACAUCACUCUGACGCUGUCAUGGAAUGUUGUUCCCAACGCUGGAAUACUGCCACUUGUAGCUGGGAGUGGAUACACCAGCCUUCCCUUUCCUGAAAAAUAUGAGACUCCUAAGAGCUAUUAGAGUGAAAGAGAAUUUGUAUUUCAGAAUUUACAACACAUUUCACACACAUGUGGGUUUUACUAGAGAAAUACAGAAACUGUAACAAAUUUAAGUUUUGGUUUUAAAAAAGAAAACAUUGUUUUGAACAUUAAACACCUUUGUGCAUGUAUGACAAAAAUAAUAAGAAAGCAAUCUUG